GUGUACAUGUACGAGCAUGUACGAGUCCUAGAACCUGCGAUCGCAGCUCGUUCCUCACGACCGCCUCCCUGAUGGUCAGCGUCAUCGCCGCAGUCGCGAUGUAUCGUCUCAUCCUCGCAGCACUCGCAGCGUUGGGGCUCAAGGCAGAAAGCACGAGCCCUGCCGAGCCCAGCUUUCAAUUGCUCCAUCGCAAGACACUCGGCUUCGGGCCACUUCUUUCCCAUGCAGCGUAUCACACGGAAUCGUUUCACCCUUCGAGCAGCAUCUCCGAGUCUGCCAACGAACCAUUCGCCGUCGCCGAACGGUUUGUUCGCGAGCUGACCAGAGACGCUGACCCCCUCACUUCCUUCUUCAUCCGCAAUGACUCUUACACCGAUAGGACUACCGACAUCACACACGUCUAUGUCUCCCAGCAUGUCGAUGGCAGCGAGAUUCUCAACGGUCAUAUCAGUGUCAACGUUAAGGAUGGCAUAAUCCUAUCCUACAGCGACUCAAUCUUCCGCGGAUACCUCCAGGAAUCAUUUCUGAUGACGUUCGUGGAGCGUGCACCCGACGUGCACUCUGAGCACUGCACCAACCUAUUGGCUGCGCUCAAGCGGAACGAGGAACGCUUCCAAAUCCAGAACGGCCAGUUUUCCUUACGAAGCACCGACUUCCCUUUGAGUGAGACUCUCGCGUCUCAGCGCCGUCUAUAUGAGUGGAACUGUGCUCAUGUGGACACACCGUUCCUCAUGGCAGAGAAACCUGCCUUUGCAGCGCAGCAGGACAGGGAAUGGCGCGAGCCUGAGCCUGCACUCUUGCAAUUCAUGAUCGCUGUGACAUCUAAUGACACGCUCGCACAACAGCUCAUUGAUGACCCCGGUGCGCAUCUGAGGAGCAUGGCAACAGCCUGGGAGAGACACCGCGUCAAUGGUCAUUACUUCCCUGUGGCGAUUGUCGACAAUGUGCCCGAUGCCGUAAAACCGGUGAGAGCGAAGCUCGCAUAUAUGCAGGUCCCGAGGAGUGGCUCUACGGUGCUUGAGCUUGUCUGGCAGUUUGAAGUUGAAAUGCAACACAACUGGUAUGAAGCCACGGUAUCCGCGGACCUGCCCCAUCGCAUAAUUUCAGUCGCUGAUUGGGUCUCCGACUCUCCGAUACCACUCGCACCCGUAUCUAAGAGGCACGCCAGCUACAACGUCUUCAAAUGGGGCAUAAACGAUCCGUCUCUCGGGAAGCGCACGAUGGAGAAGGAGCAUUUUGACAGGGCCGCGAGCCCGAUGGGAUGGCACUCGCUUCCGUACGCGAAUGAUCCGAUAUCUGUUCGUGACCACGUCCAUUCAGGCCCUCAUGGCGAGAAGUGGCGGAAUACGACGACGACGUGGGGAAACAACGUCUUUGCACAUGAGAAAUGGGACAGGCAGAGGGCGGACUGGGAAAGUAGCUACCGCCCGGAUGCCGGCAAGUCGCUUGUGUUUGAUUGGGUUUACAAUCCGCGCCCGACGGAGCGCAAAGACUUGCUUGACGAAGCGAGGCGCUUGGUGAAUGUGUCGGUGACGCAGCUGUUCUAUACGAGCAACAUGGUGCAUGACUUGUACUACCGGUACGGAUUUGAUGAGGCUGCGGGAAACUUCCAACAGUACAACUUUGGUAAUGGCGGGCAGGAGAACGACGCGAUAAUCGCAAACGCGCAGGACAGUACGACCUACAACAAUGCGCAAUUCUGGACUCCUCCCGAUGGCCAGAACGGAAGAUGCGACAUGUACCUGUUCAGCACGGCAAACCCAUAUCGCGACGCAGCGCUGGACGCUGGGCUUGUCAUCCACGAGUUGACCCAUGGGCUGAGCACGCGUCUAACAGGGGGACCAGGCAAGUCGGACUGCUUGGCGUACAGCGAGUCGAAGGGCAUGGGCGAGGGUUGGGGCGACUUUUUGGCCACUACGAUUAGGAGCACUCGCGAAUACUCGGACUACCCUAUAGGCGCAUGGGCUCAGAAUCGAACUUAUGGAAUGCGGGACUACCCAUACUCCAUUGAUAAGGAUGUCAACCCUUUGACAUAUGAGUCCGUUGAUGUGGCGUGGGGAGCGCACGCCAUCGGCGAGGUCUGGGCGGAAAUGCUGUGGGUAGUGUCCAACCGCUUGAUCAAGAAACACGGCUUCGCCGACUCGCUCUUCCCGCCAGAGCCGCUGAUUGAUGGUAUAGUGCCAGAAGGCGACUUCUAUCGUACUCUGCCGUCUACGGAAAACGGAGUGCGAAGACCGCCGAUUCCGAAGCAUGGUAACUCGCUCAUGGUGCAGCUCGUGCUCAACGCUAUGAAACUCCAGCCUUGUCGCCCGACCUUCUUUCAGGCGCGUGACGCGAUCAUACAGGCGGACGCGAUCUUGACAGGCGAAGAGAACUACUGCGAUAUUUGGGCGGGCUUUGCGGAGUGUGGACUGGGUCCGAAUGCUAAGGUCGAGGGAGAGACGCCGUGGGGUGGAGGUGAUAGGACGGAUGACUUCACUGUGCCUGCAAGGUGCAAGUCGAUUGGCAUCUGAACCGAUUCCGAACAGUUGGAAGAUGGACAUUUGCAGGAAGGAAGACUCGUGUAUCUCUGCAACUAGAUUAUCUCACUUUGCUUCUGUAUGAUUAGUUCUGGGUACAGUGUGACACAUUAGUGUAAAGUAUGCAUUUAUACCCAUGGGACUCCCACCGCGGACAUCGACAGUGUAAAAGGGACGAAAGAGAUGGUGCUCG